GUUUGGCCUUGGUCCUUGAUGUCUGAGGUGUGAGGCAGAUGAAAGGCUGACAGGUGUGAAGCUCUAUGACAGCUCAGGGGUUACCUGUAUAUAAGGCCAGGGAACUCACAGGUCAUCAUUUCAGUUUUCAAGAGCUUCUGAACAGGAAUCAUCUCUCCAGCUCCAAGAGAACAAGAUGCUCCAGAUGGCCCUGCUCAGCAUAGUCCUGUCCAGCAUGAUCUUCUCCCUGGUCCAGGGAAUUCCCACUCCAGUUCUGACAGGAUCUAAAGUGGCACUGAGACCUUCUACCAGCAUAUAUGGGAGCAGGCAUUCUCAGGGCAUGAAGUAUCCUCUCUACAUGAUGGAACUCUACCAGACUCUCAUCAUGGGGAAUGCUACAGACCUCUCAGUUCUGGAACACCCUGCCCUUCAGGAAUCUGAUGCCGUCCUAAGUCUCAUCUCAAAAAGUUGCGUUGAAGAGGAUAAUCACUGGGCGUUAUCUUUUGACAUGUCUUCUAUCUCCAGCAGCAAUGAACUGAAGUUGGCUGAGUUGAGAAUUCACAUCCCUUCUUUUGAGAAGUCUCACAAUGUGACGAUUGAGAUCUACCACACCAAAGACCAUCAUGAGAACUUCUUCCUGGGCUCCUUCCAAUACGAUCCAUCUGUUGCACAAGGUUCCUCCUGGAAGGUUUUCAAUAUCUCCAGAAUGAUGCAGAACUAUCUCUUGCACAGGGACCAUUCCGAGAGUGAAGGUUAUCUCCGGUCUAAGGAUAUGUCUGAGACUGCAGGAAGGAGUAGCUGUUCAAACGUUGUUGCAGAGCGAGUCAUGCUGGUGGUUUUCGCCAAAGACAAACCGUCUGCCAAUCUGACCAGCUCUCACCAGAGCCUCAUUAAAACAGUGGAGUCAUCUAAGUAUGUCAAGAUCGAGGAAGGAACCAGUUCCACCAUUGCUAGAAGACACAGGAGGAACAGAAAUGUACAGCACAGCAUCAUGAGGAACAAAUUUUUCUCCAGGCCAAAGGAUAAUGGAAAGUCCCUAUGCAGGAGGGUGGACAUGGUUGUUGACUUUGACAAGAUCGGAUGGGGUCAGCAUAUCAUCUAUCCCAAGAGGUUCAACGCAUUUCGUUGUGAGGGGUCCUGUCCAGUUCCACUCAAUGAAAGCUUCAAGCCAACAAAUCAUGCUUAUAUUAAGAGUUUGGUCAAGCUGUACGAUUCUGACAGAGUUGAAUGCAAUUCCUGUGUCCCAGUGAAGAUGAGCUCACUGUCCAUGCUCAUGUACGAGGAUAAUGAGGUUGUUCUAAAGCACCAUGAAGAUAUGAUUGUUGAAGAAUGUGGAUGCAACUGAGGUUCCUGGCAUAUAUAUAACAGUGAUAUAUAGCAACAGCCUGAUGGAUGGCGAUAAAGAAACGACCAGACAACUGAGCUUCCCAAAUGGAAGCCUAACGAACAACAAGCGGCCAAUGACAAUUUAUUGAACAAAGGUCUGGUGAAAAAGACUGAAAUAUUUUGAAGCGUUUGGACUGUAACCCAUAAGGAGAUUCAUUUGUCAAUUUCCUAUGAAUUAUAAAAGGUGUGGCCUUCAGAAAAAGCGAGAGAGAAGUCAUUCGUGGCUUGGGAUAUGGACAAGACAAUCAAGGCUAUCGGAUAAACUACAUUACUAGCACUUUGUGCAGUUACCAUUGAUCGUUAAUAACUACAUGGAAUCUGUAUUUUUAUAUUGUGAUGUAGAGUGUUUUUAAUCCUCUGUAAUAAUAUAUUUAAAUGAAAUUGUUAUAACCUGUGGCAACUUGAAAUAAAUGUUCAAAACUCAAA